AUGAUCACUACCAAACAAUGUGCUCCUUCUCAUGCUAGCACUGGAUCUGCUCGAGUGGAUUUAUUCUUCAAAACAGUGAGAGGUUUGGAAGAAAGUUUUCUCUAUCAAUUACUCGAGGCUUCCUGGAAGGAAGAUCCUUUAGAUACUCUCAAACUUGUGUUUUAUAUGAGAGAUUGCCGAGGAGGUAAAGGAGAACGAGAUCUUUUCCAUUUGGCUUUGAACUGGCUCAUUGAUCAUCAUCCAGAAGAUGUUCUCUGUAAUUUAUCUCUCUUACCAGAAUAUGGACGAUGGGAAGACUUGUUGCGACAUAUCAACAAUGAGAAGGGAUUGAUUGGUCCAACCAUUGCCAAGAUGUUUGCUACUCAAUUACAGGAAGAUUUCAAAGCCAUGCAUGAAGGAAAGCCUGUUACCUUGUGUGCCAAGUGGGCUCCUUCUGAAAAUUGCAAACACGAUAAAAAGUACUCGGCCGUGAAAUUGAUUUGCAAAGAGUUGGGAAUUAAGAAGGCUGAGUAUAGAAAGAAUUACAUUUCUCCACUUCGUGAAUACAUCAAGGUGGUUGAGCGAUUGAUGUGUUUGAAAAAGUGGGACGCGAUUGAGUACAGCAAGGUACCUGGUGUUGCAAUGAACAAACUCAAAAAGGCUUUCCUCAAGCACGAUAAGGAAAGAUUUGAAGAAUAUAUGAGCAAGUUACAAAAAGGUGAAGUCAAAGUCAACGCCUCUACUGUGGAACCUCAUGAAAUUGUUGCUCAAUUCAUGCACAGAUCUCAUUCUCAAGACACAGAUACCAUUCUUGAAGAGCAAUGGAAGGAAAUUGUGAAGAGGGUCGAAAAAUUAGGUACCAUGGAUCAUGCUCUCGCUGUUUGUGAUGUCUCUGGAUCCAUGAGUGGUCUUCCAAUGCAAGUUUGUAUCAGUAUUGGUUUACUCGUUUCACACCUAAGCAUGCCUCCAUUUAAGGGUCGAUUAAUUACCUUCCAUGAGGAUCCUCAACUCAUCAAUAUCACAUCGACCACUCUUCAUGACAAAGUCCAAGAAAUUAUGCGUAUGCCAUGGGGUAUGAGCACCAACUUUUACAAGGUGUUUGAAAUGAUUCUCAACGAGGCAAAGAAGAACAAACUUACUCAAGAAGAAAUGCCAACCACGAUUUAUGUUAUUAGUGACAUGCAGUUUGAUAGUGCAGCAGGAUCAAGCAUGGCUAACUUUGAUUACAUGAAGAAUUUGUACAAGCAAUCUGGUUAUGACAUUCCAAGAAUUGUCUUUUGGAACGUGAAUGGUAGUUCUAGAGAUUUUGUCUCCAAUGACGCCCAUGAACAAGGAGUAGCCAUGAUUGGUGGAUUCUCACCAAGCAUCAUGAAGGCAGUGUUGGAAGGUGAGGACUUUUCACCACUUGGCAUCAUGAAGAAGGCCAUUGAUGAUAAGAGAUAUGAGAAGAUCAGAUUGGCCUCUUCACCUCAACAAGAGUAA